AUGGAGGAUUUCCAAUAUCUCGCUCUAACUUCGGAAAUUGAACGCAAUUCUAAUAGUAAUAACUUUAGUGGGCCAACAUUUUAUAUUCCACCACAAUGUUCGAUUGAGGAUUGGGAGGAAGAAAUUAGGUACGUCAAGAAGAAUGUCGAGGUCCUAGAGCAAUCUAUUUUAGAAAAAAAAGAACGACUUUUACGAAAGCGUAUGGAUGCCGAGAAAUGCCUUAUCGACAAGACUAAUAUUAAUCAAAAGCAGGUCCGUCUACGCGAUUGUAAUAUAAGGCUUGAGACCACUACGAAAGCAGUUUUGUGCAAACUUUUAAAGACCAAUAAAGCUAUUUAUAAUUUAAGACGAGAAAAUAUUCAAGAGCUUUUUGAGAAGUAUUUGCCUAUUAGAGCCUCCCCAACUCCUUCCGCAGAAUUAGAUUCUAUAGCCGGUGUGAAGCUUAAUGUGGAUUCUCGAAAUCUGACCAUUCCGGAACCCACAAUUUCCAGCCAUGCCGCGUUGAACUUGAUGAUUCUUGCUCAACGAGCUCUAACCCGAAUAUUAAAUGCUUGUAUUCCUGUGGACACUAGACGGAUUUUUAAUCUGAAUACCUUUGAUGUGAAUGCCCCCACUAGAGAUAAUAUUACUCAUGUCUAUCAAGUUGUCUGCCAGCUCAUUCAAAUUCUUGCUGAAAUUAGUUCUCGACAGGCUGUAUCCUCUGCGUCGUCAAAGUAUGUCGAGUUUGCCCGUGAAUCUAGAGAUCGACCACUUCUUGCUCUGCAUUACCUUCUUAAGGCGUUCGAACAUGACAACUUUCAGUCCUGGACCUUCGAUUCCCCUUACAUCCUUCCAAGUGUGGAUAUGCUUUUUCCAAUCGAUUACGAGAUGGCAAUGUAUCCUCGUACAGGUUCGAACUCGCUUAAGCAUGGAAUUGCAAUUAGAGUUCAACAAACCAGAAAAAUAUCUUCUAUGCCCCCUUUUAGUUCCUGUAGUAUGAGAAAUGAGAUUAAUUCUAGCUCAGAUUCGGAAGAUUGGGAUAUUGUUGAUGAAGUUAUCUGA